AUGGAGUUAGAGCAGGACGAGAAUACUAUGUUUUCUGGAGGGCGAGUCAAGUACAGCGAGCAUGUUACCCAAACCACAGUGGCCGCCAGACCGGAAAAUCCCUUUUUCAGCCGGAAGAAUCGUUUUCAGGCGGAGACUACUGCCGUGAGGACGGUGCGGUUCUCCGUCACCGACCCAGACGCUACCGACUCGUCUGGGGACGAACGGGAUGGAUUAUCCGUCAAGCGCCGGCGGGUCAGGAGGUUUAUCAGCGAGGUCAGAAUCCUGCCCUGCUGCGGAGAUGGCGGAAUAGUUGGCGGAAGUGCGAACGGCGUCUCCAGGAGCAGCAGGCGGAGGAUGAGGGCUGGGGUCGGUGGAAAAGUAGACAGGAAGGAGGCGGAGGCGGCUAGCGCAACGGCCAAGGCGGGGAGUCAGAGGAAGUUCCGAGGGGUGAGGCAGAGGCCGUGGGGCAAGUGGGCGGCGGAGAUCAGGGACCCCUGCAAGAAGCCGGAAGGUACCGUUUCGAGGAGCGACGGGAAAUUCCCAGAUUUCUCGAUAUUCGGGCCGAGUGACGAUUUGUUUGCCGAGUUGGAGAACUCGGUGGCGGGGCCCAGUUUGUUUGACAAUGACGGUUUCUCGGGCGGCAUUUUCGGGCCGGAUUUCUGCUGCCCGGAUGAUGCGCUUAACGGGUCCAGUGCGGAUUUCGGGUUCGGUCCCUCCACCUGGCAGGUGGAUGAUUGCUUUCAAGACAUCGGUGAUAUAUUCGGGUCGGACCCGCUGUUGGCCCUUUGA